CGCAGAGCGGCGGGCUGGGCCGGGCCGGGUCGGGGCGCUCGGGGCGCUCGGUGCCGCAGGGCCGGGCCGGGGCGGUCGGGGCGCUCGGUGCCGCAGGGCCGGGGCGGUCGGUGCCGCCGUCCCGGGGCGCCAUGGCGGAGGCCGGGCGGCCGCAGCGGAAGCUGUCCCGGGUCGGGGAGAGCCUGUACCGCGUCCUGGGGCUGCAGAAGGGCAGCUCCCCCGAGGAGAUCAAGAAGGCCUAUCGGAAGCUGGCGCUCAAGUACCACCCGGACAAGAACCCCGAUGACCCGGAGGCCGCCGAGCGCUUCAAGGAGAUCAACAGCGCCCACGCCACGCUGAGCGACCAGGAGAAGCGCCGGCUGUACGACCAGUACGGCUCGCUGGGGCUCUACGUGGCCGAGCAGUUCGGGGACGAUGCCGUCAAGCACUAUUUCCUCCUGUCCAAGUGGUGGUUCCGGGCCCUGGCUCUGUGCUGCGGUGCCCUCACCUGCUGCUGCUGCUGCUGCUGCUGCUGCUUCUGCUGCGGGGCGUGCGGCCCGCCCAAGGAGGACGAGUCCUACAAGUACGUCGACCCCAAGGACCUGGAGGCGCAGAUGCGCGCGGAGGACAGUGAUCCACCCAUUGUGGCGCAGCCCCCGCCAGCCGGCGCGGAGCCCUUGCCGUCUGUCAGCGCCAGGACCGAUGCCUGAGGCUGACUUCAGGCCCUGCGGCUCCCUCAGGUCGCCGCGCAGGGAUCCUCCUUUGGGACUGUCACUUUCCGGGACCCCCGUCGUGCCGCCCGUGUUGGCUCUCCAGCCUCAGGGUGGCUAGAAUCUCAGGUUAAUUUGGCCAGCAUCACUGCAGAGGCUGUUCUGCCCCUGCUCGAGCAGCUCCAGGGCGAUGCCCUUGUCUCCCAGCACUGGUGGUGGGGGUGGCCCGAACCCCCCGCUGCUGCGCCCCGUCCCCAGUGCCUGGCCCGCCGCGGUGCCCCCGUGUGGCACCGGCAGCCGGCCUGAGCGGGGACCUCCCCGGGCCAAGCUCCGCAUCUCCCAAGAGGGAGCCGAGCCUUUCCAAGACCGCUAGCACUGUAACCUCCGGGGCUGGGCUGAGCCCGCUGCCCGCCCUCGCGGGGAUCCUCCUGAUGGGUGCUGGGUGCCAAACACUGCUCGUGGGAUGGGGGUGACACCUGCUGUGCCCCAUCCCUCUCUGCCCUGCCAUGGCCCCGGGGCACUGGCUGCACCCCACGCUCACUGCUGGCAGGUUCCCUGCAGGGCUGGGCCCAGGACAGGCGCUUUCCUUGGGUUUGUACAGGUUUUAUGGGCACCAUUAAAGGAUGAGAGGAGGGGA